UCAUUCCUUAUAAUUUCCUCAUAGUUUUCGACAUGAUUUUACAUAAAUUUAGCUCUAAUCUUUAGUGAUAAUUUGACGACAUUCCCAGCGUGAUAAUUUCAGAGUAGCGGAAGUUGCAAUUUAAUGUUACAUGACACAUUUUUCUGCUGAAUUUCUGCUCAGACACACAUGAUGAAUGACUCAAAAAAAUAUAUAUUGUCAUUCACUAUGUCAGACCCAAGACAUGGAUGCAGGUUUUGAGCAAUGGGUAUUCGUUUUCAAUAAAAUAAAAUAAAUAAAUAAAUAGAAUAAAAUAAAAUUUGUUUUUAAACACUGAAAAGAACAAACACGACAGGGCACGAGAGAAAUAAGAGUAAUUCUGGUGGGAACUGAAUCAUCUAAAUCGUUCUUUCCGGACGCUGAAACUUAAGCCAGCAAACAUAAAUACAUAAAACUUAAAGUUGUUUGCCUGUUGAUCACAGAGAGUUUUUUCUUAUUUGAUAUCCAUAUACGUCGGUGAUUUUGAAAUUGCCUAGUUAGUUUCAAUCAUUGUAUUGUAUUUUGCUGCUGAUCUUUGUAAGUGCUUGUUUCUAUGGCAACGCUGAGUGCCGAAGUUCCGUCAGCAUUAACCCUAACCCCAACCCUGCUACUAUUUUAUCGAGAUAACGUAGUAUUUUCUUUUUUUCAUUGACAGCUGAGGAUUACUAAUGAAGUUAAUUCGGAUUUAGGCAUGAGAAACUGUACUUUGAGAGAGUUGCUGCUUUAGUCGAAGUUUUAUAUUUGUAUUUACGUACAUUUGCUAGGUUAGCUAAAGCUAGCUAGCGCUAGUUUUGAAAAUAGCAUUUAAUGUUAGCCGUGAAUAGUGCUAGAAUAGCAAGACGAGGGAAGUAGAAGCUGAUGUUCUUUUGAUAUUUAGCUCGCCAAACGUGUAAUAUUUGACAAUGGCUUUAAAACACUAAGUCAUUCAAAAAGUAAAAUGGAUAAGAAGGAGGUUUGCGACAGCAACCGUAAUACCAUAAAGACAGAUCUCAGUUUGCUGCUAGAGUGUCUGAAGUUUCAGAUGAAAUGUCCUGAGUUACAGAAACAAGCUCUUCUCACCAUUCACUCAAUCUGUGAAAAGAGAGAGGAUAAUGUGGACCUGCUAAGACAAUUGGGAGGUGUGGUGUUUGUGUAUAACCUCUCCAAAUCCAGCAUUGUUCAUUCAGAGGUCAAGGAGACUGCACUAUUUACACUUGGUACCCUGGCAGAGGCCAAUGUGUACUGCAAGAAUUCUCUGUGCAGAAAGGAGACAUUUCUAGACCUUGCUGGUUGUUUGAUGAAAGAAGACAUCCCACUGACACAGAAGAGAGUCUCUGUCUAUUUGCUGUUUGUGUUGGUAGCUGACAACAAAUUGGGACAGACUUUAGCCCAAACAACUGGCUGCCUUGAUAUUCUACUGGACCUCUUUAGGACAACUUUCCCUCUCGCUACAGGGGCUACUUUGAAAUUUGCUGGUGCUACACAAGCAUACCAACUGUGGACAUCUGUGUCAAGUGCUCUCUGUGGCUGUGUCAACAAUCCCCAGAAUGAGGAGGGUCAGCGUAUUUGUGUGGCAGCCUUUCCCAUAGUAAAAGUCUGGCUUCAGCAGAUUUCUCUGCCUCGCACUGAAAUUUUUCAACCCAUUUGCUCCUUCAUAGCAAUGACCGUUGCCAACAACUCCUGUGUUCAGGAGAGCUUUUCAGCCUCUGGGGGUUUGAAGACUCUCACUCUUGCACUAGUUCGUGUAGCUUCUGCUGCAGAUAUAAGCUUGUUGUCUUGCCAGCUUUCUGUCAUUAUAUCCAAGACCCUGUCAGCUUGCAUAACUGACAACUCUACUCUGGCUUCAGGUCUGGCUCAGUAUGGAAUAGUGUCCCACCUUUUCUGUCUGCUGACCAGUCCACACUUGGACCCUGAGGAUAGACUCUCUGUUUUACUAACCCUGGGCCACUGCACUGAGGCCUCUGAGGAGCACCAGUCCCAGCUGGUCCAGUGUGGAGGCCUGCCCCUUAUCAUAACUUUACUCGCAGAAGACACAAGCGAGGAGGUUCGGAAGGCUGCCACGUUUGUAUUGCAGGCUUGCAAACAGGCCACCAUGUGCCUGGGGGUGGAUGGUUUGAUCGAUAAACAAGUUGAAAACAUGGAACCUUUGACAAAUGUGGAGAGUUUCCGACAUUCAGCCAGAGAUUUGCUCCGCAGGCUUGACCUGCUACAAAAAAGACAGCUCAUGGAGGUUGAGGAUGAGCAGAAAGACAUAAAUCCCCCAACCUUAUCUGAUGUGCAAGGCCAUGCAUCUCUGUUCCGAGCCUUACCUGUAUCACUGCAAAGCAACAAGAGGCUUAAUAUCAUCCCCACAUAUGGGCUUGCACAGGCUGGUGGUGACAGCAACAUUAAACUUGAAACUGUCAGAAACAUAGUGGAGGAUGACAAUAACAGUGAAAUGAGGAAAACUGCCAGCAGUUUAAGUGCCUGGGGAGGGAAGUCUACAACCAGUGGAAGGGGUGUGUGGUGUCCAGCAUGCAAGGGUACAGGAGCCAUAAUGUCUUCUCAUAUACAGUCACUAGGGAGUGGCAGUGAGCUACAGACAGCAAAUAAUCAGUUUAAGUCCCCGUUACCAGUAAGGCAAACGAAACGACAAGAGAUGAAACGCUUUGAAGACCUGAAGGACAGUGAGAUGAGUAAAGAGGGCCGAAUCAUAGUGGAGGAACAGUCUGUCUCUCAUAUCCGUUGUGCAGGUUGUGUAUUACCUUUUGAAGAAGCGACCAGUCGUACUUUUGCAACGCUACAAAGCUCUUGCCAACACAGCUGUGACAUGCACAAGGUUCUCCAAGAGGCCACAGAGAAAUUCAGAAGACGUCACUGCAACCUUCUUUUGAGGAAAGAACACCAUGACAACACCAUGGAGAACAUACACCCAGAGAGAGCUGAGCCUCGAAGAUGCUCGGAAAGUUGGAGGAGUAAGAGUGUCAGUUUGACUCCACUGUACAGAGGAGCUAAAAAGGAAACAUCCACCUCUUUCAACAGGACUGGUCCAGCUUUGGCUCCCCUUAAAAGGCAGCAUCUUCCUGAAGAUAGAUACAAAAUAUCAAAUAUCGAGAGAAGACGCUGGAGUAACAGUGGACAUAAUGUGCUUGAUGAUCAGCCAAAGAAUGUAGAAGACCAGUGUUCCACACGAAGGAAGAGGAUGGACUUCAGCCGUGAAGAGGUGCACUACCUACUGUCUGGAGUGAAGAAGUAUGGCUUCUCCUGGAACUCCAUCUUGUGGUCUUAUCCCUUCAAACCUGGACGCACCAGCGUUGGCUUGGCCAAGAAAUACAGGCGCCUAAUGAAAUGCAAAACCCAGGAUGUCAGCUGUGCAUAGUCGUAGUCCUGAGAUCCUGGGUCAGUUCAUUUUUAAUGACCUUCUGUAAAUCAACUAAUUUAUCUGCAUUCUGUCCAGUUCAAAACACUGCACCGUCUUUAAUGUAAUCCAAAGCAGUAUAUUCUUCAUAUACUUACUAUACUCUGAGUAUUUAUUUGAUUUUUAAUGCUUUGCAUGUUGGCACUGUUUUAAAAGCAUUUUCUCCAACACAUUCUUGUGCUUUGUGAAAUAUUGCUAAUUGUUUAAAUUUCCUGAGUUCAGGUGUAAGCAUCUUUGUCAAAUAGGUCUUCAUAUUUGAUUAACAUGAACAUACUUUCAUAUAUGUUUUAUUUAAAUUGAGAAUGUAGUUGAAGACGCUGUUUGUAUUUAUAUGUUUAUGCAGUAGGUUCAUGCAUAAAAUGUUAUUUGAGACUAAA